AAAAGUAAUAAAUUAAAAACCCAUUCAACAUGAAUUCAAUUACUAUCGUUUCGAUGCUGUUGGCAGUUUUGUGCGCAUCAGUUAAUGCCAGAGUUUCUGGUGGUGUAUUCAGACAUCCUGAACACCCAGGAAAGUGUCAUUUCGGUGAUGGUAUGGUUCUAGAAACUGGAGAGAUUUCAAGGAAUCACAAUGGUGACUGUGCUAUGGUAACCUGUUUCGAUAAUGAACAUGCUUCAAUCAUGAAAUGUGUGCCACAAAAAAUGCGGGAAGGAUGUCAUGAAGGAAAAGUACUGGCACCAGAAGCUCCAUAUCCUGAUUGUUGUAAACGUGAAAUCAAGUGCAAGGAUCAUUAUUAUUCUACUUAGAUUUAAAAAUCCAAUAGAACCUCAUAAUAUUAGUAUUUUAUUUAUGUUUAAAAAGUAGGAAUAAUACGCUUGACUGAUACGCUUAUAUUUUUGUAAAUAAAGAAUUGAAAUUGA